GUCUGACGACCUUAUCCGGGGGAAGUAAAGCUUUGGACGAGGCAGCUGCCGAACUGGAGAAAAAAAAAAAAAAACUAAAAAAAAAAAAAAAAAGCUUUAAGGGGGGGAAAAAGUUCGCUGGUUUGCAGGAAUUUGACCCGACUGGAAAAGUGUUUGGAAAUCGUACGGGUCCAGGGGAGGUCCUGGGAGGGCUCCGGGAUCGUCGUUACCGGUAAUCGCCACUUUUGGUCAUGCACUCGGUGGUAGAUUUUGUAGACCUGCAGCAGGACUCCUCUGCUGUCUCCGCCCGUCGCCACAGCCGGAAGUCUAUGAGGAUGGUCUAUUGAUUUUUUUUUUCACUACUCUUCAGUUUUUUUUAUCCUUCGGCCCUUUUUUUCCUUUUUUUCCUUUUGCUUUGCUUGUUAUUUUUUCCCAAACAGGACGACACAACAGACACACCACUGUCUGCGAGCUAACUGUAUGUAAACCAGCAUGUCGGGCCUGAAGAUGAGAAGAAUAGAAAUGGAGUCCUUGUGUUUAGCUUGUGCUUUUUGUAGAAACGAUGUGCAAUUGAUAGGUGGCAUUUUAUUCAUGUUGCACAGUAAUCGCUCUGAUUGUCUAAUGAAUCAACUUUUAAUAUUAUUGAAGAAGUUGAAUCUGCUGUGUUUACUGUAAGAUUGAGGUCAGGAACUGUACUGGCGCUCAAAACCACAACAUUCCCAUUUGGACAGAGUGUAAUAACCAUGUCCAGCUUGUCAAUUUUGCUAUUUAAGUCUUGCUUAGCCUCAUUGUGAAGCAGGCAGUUCUUGACGAUUUUAUUGGUAUGACUUAAAUCACAGUAGGCAUAAGAUUUUGAUACUUGUGAAUGAGUGUUGGAGAGAUUUUUGAUGUUUGCUGCAGUCUGUUUGUUUCAGUAAUCCAUUCGUAUCAGGCUACUUGAGCAAACACUUAUAAAAUCCAAGAGAAAUGUGCUGCCAGUUUUUAAAAAUCUUUUUGGAUUGAUUCCCUCGGUCUUGUGUGACUAUACCAAUACUCCAAAUUACAUCUACAUAUUUGUAUCUACUUAAGGAAACCCUCAUCACCAUCGAAUUGGUGACAUCUCUCCACCUUGAUGCUUGUCAACUCAUGAAAUUAAAAUGAUGUUUAUUUACUUUUAGUAUUAGGAGCAUAAGUCAGUAAUUCUCAGUUUUUGCUCUUGUUAAAGCCCUUUUUCCUAUUUUAAGUUUGAGAAAGAGAAGUAAUUCCAGUUGUUUAUUCUUGCUGUCUUUGUGUCAUUGCAGACAAAAUGGAAGACUCGCAUUUUAAUUCAUAUUUCUGGUCUCCGAUCCCCACGGUGUCAGGACAGGUACGUCUGGACAAGAAAUCAAGCAUAUGUUAUCUCGCCAUGAUUGGCAGGGGGUGCAUCUUUUUUUGAGGAUUGCUCCGUGACUGUCAGAAAAAAAGAUUAAUCAGUCUGGUUAUUGAAAUAAAGAAUGUCCUCUCCGCUGACAGAUUGAGAAUGCUGUAUUCCUGAACAAGGUGAAAGAGCAACAGGAAAAGAAUGCUUCCUUCUCUUCUUCUCCUGCGUCGCACUACCAAACAGCUCUUGUCACUAUCCCCACCCCUGGGAUGAAGACAGAUGGAGGAGGGCAGGCUGGGAGUGUGGCACACCACCACCCUCCUCACAGCACCCAAAACAUGCUGCCAGUCCCCUCCACGGGCAUCAUGACAGCAGGUGAGUCUGUCUACAUCGAGAAGCCUCUGGGUGUCUCUCAGUAGGAGAAAGCUCUUGUUCAUUCUUGUGAUACAUUUUACAUAUUACCUUUUAAAAAAGUUCAGUUUCACAUCUAAAGUACUAAAGGUUUCGGCUGGAAUAACUACUCAGCAGUUGAGCUCAAAACUGGAGGAAACAGAUUUGUAACAUUGUUGAGUGAUGGGACCACAAAGCUGCACAAUAGACGAAACAGAACAACUUUGUGUCUUAAUCGAUGCAAAAACCUCAAGGCUUUCUACAAAUAAUGGAAAAGUAGCGUUGUGCUGUCAUACUUGAUCUAGCACUAAACAAACGUGAACAGUUCGAAAUGAAGAGAGAUCUCUUUUUGAAACGCUGAAUGUCACAUUUGUUACCUCUUAGGUCUAAUUUCUGCCCUUCUUAUUGCUUUCUUUGUCUUUUUCUUUCUUUCUCUGAAGCGGGUCUGGUCAUCACAACGCCUCAAGGAACAUUAGUGUCCCCCACCUCGUCUCAAUCGUUUGUCACUGGCCACCCAGCAACAACAACAACCAUGAUUGUUUCAGCGCUCAGUUCUACAGGUAAAACAUACAAUAUGGCACAUUUAACACAUAAACAUUGUAAUUCUCUUCUUACACUCUGCUUCUUAAAUAAGGAGCAGGAGUUGCUUCGUAACUUAUAAUACGAUAAGAUAAGAUGUGUAAUUCAAGGCCUGCAAUAUAGAUGAUACCACUAUACAGCAAUAAUAAACUGCAGGACAAUCACGAAAUGAUAAAUUAAAAUAUCUUGCUGACCGAUGAAUACAUAAUGCCUCUAAAGUGGCAAAGUGCAGGACAAAUGAGGUUUUCACUACACUUUGGUUUCUUUUCACUGAGAUGAAACAAUGUGAAGGUUUUUCAGUCAGCCUUCAUCCCUCCACAGCCACCGGGAAAAACUUCUGCCACAUGAGCAGCAGUGUGCAUCACGCUAGUUUUUUGUAGCACAUAGGAAUGCAUUUAGCACCCAUUGUCAAUAAUAUGAGCAGUAAUUGUCACUCAGAACUCUGUCCAGCCGUCCCAGGUCAGUGAUACCCUGUCUACAGACUCCUCAGUCUAUAAACUUCUAUCCAGGUCAAACUGACUGUGUUAUCAGGGCCAUUGCAAGUCACAUCUGUCUAGAGCACAUUUUCAAUCAACAUACCGUUCUCAGCUCUGGAAUUUGGAUUAUUAUAACACGGAGAUCAGGUGUAUUGCUGUACUGAUAUUUUGUCCCACCCCUGUUGUAAUUUCAGUCCAUCCUACAGUUUUCACUUUCUUGAGAAAUGUUUCUUUCUCCCCUAGACAAGAUUUGUUGAUAAAUUGAUCAUUCUUGUUUAAGAUCAGGUAGUAUUUUAAUUAUUAUAAAAUGACAAAAAUCAGUUUGGACAGAUUAGUAAGAAAGCAACAAUUAAUUCCAGAUCCUGUCUUUACAGAUGUCAUUGUGAUCAUUCUUGUGGGGAUAUUUACAUUUGCUUACAACAGACCAGGAUUUCAAAGUACAGUGAUGAACAUAAAACAAAUAUGACAAUAGAAAAAACAAUUCUUUUGUAACACAUCUUGAUUUGGAUUUCUGCAACAUGAUCAGGCACGCUUGCUUUAUAAGUGUCAUUUUCACUCCAUGCGAGCGACGAGAUGAGAGAAAAUACAAUUAGAUUUUGUUCCUUUUUCUCUAAAAUCUCUGAGCCACAGCCCAGUGGUCUUGUCUUCAAAGCACAAACUGUUCUCUCACAAACCAGAAAAAUGAGCAAUUAAUAAUUUAACUACUUAUCCAGACUGUGUCAGCAACUAAUUGUUCUUCACUUUGAUAUUAAUCGGUUUGCCUCAAACAAAAGAAAAAUAUCUUUCAUGUGCAAUUAUGGUACAGCUUACUCAUUAAUCAUUGGUAUGUUUUUACUUUCAUAUUUAUGUAGAGAUGUUGUAGAAAUCAUCAUUAAAAGGGCUUUAUGAUCAAAAGUAUUUAAUGAGAAAUACCUUUGUUUUUCACUGAGAUUCACUCUAAUGUCCUUGAAAACUAAAAGAACACGCACCAACAAAAACCUGAGAAUCUUCCAGCAUUCUUGUAAACACCUCCAGGAGCUUGCUUCAAGGUUUCGAUUUUUUUCUCACCAGCUGCUCAAUCAUUUGUAGAUAAAAAAGAAGGAGAUGGGACUCCCCAUGUGGUCGUGAUGCCAGCGCCCUCCAAGCGAGGAAGGAAGAAGAAGGCAACACUAGCCGUGGGGGCGGCAGGAAAUGAAACGCUAAUACUGGCUCAUCUGACAGCAAGCGGACAGGUAAGAAUUCAAAAGUGAAGAGGUUCCAAAAGUAAAAGUGUAAAUAAGAGUAGGCGUGUUUAGAUGAGUAAACUUAACAUAUCAUUUUGACAGGUUACAUCUCUGCCACAUCAUACUGGAGACCAUUACAACCUGUCAAAUGAAGAGGAAGACCGCGGCCCUAAAGACAACACUAAGACAUACAGGUACAGUGUCCAAACUACGCCUGCUGUGUAUUCCUGUUUCUUCUUGCUCUAGCUGUGGAAUGCAAGCACACCUGUUGCUCUGUGCUCAGAUGAGAUCUGCAUAGAGAUGAGCUUAUAGAGACGAACUAGGCCAGCUUGAUAUAAGCGUCUGACACACAGACACACUUUUCCUUAUCAAUACUCUUCUCCACAUGUUGUGGCAGAACAUGCCUGCUUUUGUUUUGGACAGCUUAUUCCUUCCUUUAAUGUAUUUGAGACGCAAAUACAUCAGCGCUCCGUAGAUGCUCUCUUUGCCUCUGCACACACUGGACAUAAUUUGCUACCCUGCCUCUACUGUCCCUCUUUGUGUUCGUACAGCAUGCUCUUGGUCUCUUUGUGCACUGCUCUGUCACUUUUUCAAGUAUCUAAGUUUGUCCCCUUACAUUUGACCCUGUUUUCACAUGUCCCCUACAUUUGAUUUAACCCUCACUCCACCUUUCUGUUUUCCUUCUCCACUGAUUUAUCUUAUUCUGUCUCUUUUCUUUAAAUUGUAAGUUUCAUUUUCUAUCGUAUCUGUUUUUUUCACGUUUCAAUCUUUGUUAUCCUGUCUUCUUCAUCGCCUCUUUAUUUCUUUUCCAACCUUCUCUCUUCUGUCUUCUUGUAUGUUUAUAUGUCCUUUCCUUUCCUUCUUGUUCUAUCCAUCCUGCCCCCCUUCCCCCAAUUCUGUGUCUCUCCGCCCGUAGGUGCCGGAUGUGUGCGGCGACCUUCCUCAGUAAGUCUGACAUGCAGAUCCACUCCAAGUCGCACACAGAGGCCAAACCUCACAAGUGUCCUCACUGCGCCAAGUCAUUCGCCAACUCCAGCUACCUGGCCCAGCACAUCCGCAUCCACAGUGGGGCCAAGCCUUACACCUGCUCCUACUGCCAGAAAUCUUUCAGACAGCUCAGUCAUUUACAGCAGCACACACGGUACUGCAGACCCCCCUCCCCAAUCCCCACUUCCAACCCCCGUACCCCCUGUCCUUUUAACUCAUCUUGCAAAGUGACUUUUAGAAGUCCAGAGUCCUGUCCUCUUCUUUUUCUUCCUCCUGGGGGAGAAUUUGGAGUGGUGCGCAGAUGCAUAUUUCACUGCCAUGUAGAUGUUGGCAUGCUACCAGUCCCAUCCAGAAGUGACCUUUACAGAAAAGUAAAAUUCAAAUGACUUCUUUUCAGGUCAGACUUUGUCUGUGAGGAGUUUUUCGUAAUUUAUACCAUAAUUAGAAAGGCCAUUUGAAAUGCAUGGAGCUCUGUUAUAUUAACUGAUACAAUGAGAACAUUUUGCCCUUUCUUUCUCUCGUCAUUUAUUCAUUUGCUUCUCUCUGUGCAGCUUGCAUUGCAUUUUUCCUGUUUAAUGUAUUUCUUUGUCUGCAUGUUCUGUCGUAUCUCCUGCCAGUGUUUUCCCAGCACACACACACAACACACACGUACGGUUUGGAAAUACAUAUUAAAAUGCACACUUUGUUCCAUUUUGCUCCACCAUUCAAACUAUUGUGUUAAUGUUUGGUGUACUUCCCUGUCAUUGCCUUUUCUUGCUUUCUCGAUUGAAUGACAAUGUGUAACAGAAAUCCUUUGUUUCCCUGCUCUGCUUCCCUGCUCUCCGCAUUCAUUUUAUCAUGGCUGUCUUGUUGCUGUUCCCUCUGGCUAUCAUCAAAUUAAUUUAGGAUUCAUUGUGGAGGCAUGUAUGUCUAAAUAAAUGCAUUUAUAAAAGCUGUUAGAAAACUGUAAUAUUUCAUUUGUUCAUCUUUUGGAUCACCCAGAGCAGACACACAUGCAUAACAAAGGGAACAGUCUAAAUAACUCACUGUAUUGCUUUGUCAUUUUGGGUUUGUGUGAAUGUUGGAGUAUUUUACCAUUGCUUUAAUAACAACACAAAAUAUUUGUUGGCUUUUGUCACUGCCCCCAAGAUUUUUUGUGUUGUUAUCUGCCCAUGACUGGUUCCGAAUGGCCUUCCUGUCUAGUUUUGAUAAACUGAGACCUUCACUUUGAGUAUUUGUCAAACACAGUACGCAGUGUUUUUAUCUCAACGUUACCAUUUAAACCUGUUUUCCUGUCUGCUCUCAUCAGGAACCACACAGAGUCCAAGCCACACAAAUGUCCCCACUGUACCAAGUCAUUCGCCAACUCUAGCUACCUGGCCCAGCAUGUCCGCAUCCACACCGGAGUGAAACCGUACACCUGCGUGUAUUGCCAAAAGAGCUUCAGACAGCUCAGUCACCUUCAGCAGCACAACAGGUAAGUCAAUCGCUGGUUUUGGGUUUCUCACUUGCCUCUGUGUCUUUCUUCAGUCAGUUAGAUCUCGAUAAAAGCGCUAGGAUUUUCUGUAUGUACACAUUUGUCUUCUCAUGUUUUUAUUCAGGAUUCACACAGGAGAUAGACCAUACAAGUGUAUCCAUCCAGGCUGUGAGAAAUCUUUCACACAGCUUUCAAAUCUACAGGUGUGACAGUCUUUAUCUCCCUCAUGUAUAGUUAUUGAGCUCCAAGAGUUUGUUGUCUGUACUGUAAAACUUUUACCACAAUAACCAUUUUUUCUCAGUCCCAUCGGCGUCAGCACAACAAGGACAAGCCCUACAAGUGCCCCAACUGCAACAAAGGAUACAUAGAUUCAGCAAGCUUGGAGGUGCACAUGUCCACACACACAGUCAAACAUGCAAGGAUCUACUCAUGUGGACUCUGCAACCGCACUUAUACCUCAGUAAGACAAAUGCCCAUUUCUGAAGAACAAUCCUACAUGCAACACUAUGAAUCGCCUCUCUGGCAUCAGACUUCUGGCAGCUACUUUACACCAUGUAGUCAUAUGUCCACUGUUUCCCCUCUACCUAUCCUCCCUUCAUCUCAGGAGACGUAUCUGGUGAAACACAUGGAGAAACACAACCCAGACCAGUUGACUGCACCAGCAGCACAGACGACACAACAGAACCAGAGCCAGAACCAAAGCCGGGCCCAGAGUCAGACUGGAGCUCAGGGCCAGGUAGAGAGUGCAGAAGGAGGAUUAAGCCAGCCUGGGGGAGCUGGGAGCAGAGGGGCAGGCGGAGGACAGCAGGGGCAGAGCCAGAGCAACUACUCCCAGUCACAAAACAUCUCCAGUCCAUUCGACCUGCACCAGUAUAAAACAGUCUCUGCCAGUGACAUCCAGUACAAGCCAGUUAGUAUAGCGGACAUAACUUCCCACAAGGACCUCUGUCUUACUGUGUCAGCAUCCACCAUUCAAGUGGAGCACCUCAACCCUUAGACAUUUAUGAUGAGAGUUAGUUUUGGGGGAUGGAGAGGUUGAAUAUUAAUUCUAAAUAUGGAGGCUGAAGAGUCAAAGGAUAAAAGCAAUAAAAAAUUUAAAAAAGAACUUUUAAAGACAAAUGACUGUGCCUCGACAAUGCUUUGAGACUGACAGGAUAAACAAUAUGGUGAUACGGUUUACUGAAGAUUAUAACUGUGUAUUGUUUUUGUAUGUCUUUUUUUCCUGCCUUGUUCAAUAUCUUUUCUGUUCAUUAGUUAUUUCUGUCCAGGUCAGAAAUGUAUAAAAAACUGCAAUAAAAUCUUUCAGUCCAUCAUAAUGAUGGUUUCACGAUGGGGAAGAGACUCAAAGAGAAAGCAGUUCUCUCAUGUUUCAUCCCUCCACAUGCUCUUCCAAAUAAUUUGACCACAUCAGUUUAUGGUCUUUCUCUGUUGAGGAAAACUGGCAGUUGACUGUGAAGGUAAAUUUUUAUACUUUCUUACUGAGAGGUUUCUUUUUCUUUUUAUAUGUAAGUGUAAAACCUCUGCAAUACUGUAAAAUAAAUGCCUGCAGUUAAUACUUUUUAAACCCAAAAGGGACAUCGAUGUUUUUUCCUUUUUAGGAAUGAAAUCCAAUGGAGUCUACAUAGCAAUAUACUGCAAGUAUAUUAAAUAUGUUGUUCAUUUAAAUGAUAUGGUAAUCGAUGUAACCAAUUCAGACCCAUUUGCUGGCAUUCACAUGACCUCGCUUCACAUUUUAUGUUAUCCUGUUGUACUGCUGAGUGUGUAUGUCCUAAAAGAAAUGCAAUCCAAAUGUGAUGUUGCAAUUAAACGUCAACAGUGAUGUAUAAUACUUUUUGACGCACAUACCAUAUAACUAUCAUGCUUUUUUUUAAAUGAAAAAAAAAAAAGAAUCAAUAAACCGUAAGAAAUAGGCCGCAUUGGUGUUUUUUCACUGUAAGUAAAUUCCUGUAUUUCUUAUGAUUAAUGUCGCAGUUUUAUGAAUUGUAAUUCAUUAGUAACCAUGAUGAUGGCUUUUUCAAUUUGCAGAUUAUUUUCUCAAUUUUAGUAAAAUGAAAUAUAGUUAAAAAAAAUUCAACUGCUCGGAUAUUCAUAUCAAGAAUUUGCCAAAAGAAAACUCCGAUUAUUGAUUUUCAGAAACAUUUAAAGUCCAAAGUAAAACGUUUAAUAUUUUUUAUUCAUUAACUAAUUGUUUUUGUUUUUUUAGAGAGAGAGAACUAUGUCCAUGAUAACUUAAAUAAAUCACU